UAUAUAUUCUAAGUUUACUGUUGAGCAUCAACCUAAAAAGUUGUAAAUACACAAUUCGUAGUUGUUUGGAACAAAAUUGAUUUUUCAACAUGACAAUUUAUAUAUAAAAUUGCUGGUAAAUUUAUAAUAGAAAUGUGAAUUGUAUUAUGUAAAAACAUUGGAAUGUUUUGGUAAAACAAGUCUAGAUAUUAUUUUACGCAUUUCGACUUUCUAGUGAAAGUACAAAGUUUGACCUCCUUGUCUUCAAUAUCUAUUGCAUUUAAGUGCCAGCUGUUUCUCAGUGCUGAUCAUGCUACAACAAAACUGUUAAAUCAAAAAUUAAUCAUGCCAGAUAGGAAUCAAAAAAUGGAAAACAAUGAAGAACAAAAAUCCAAUAUCAAUGAAGCUAGCACAUCUGUACCUGUAGAUUGUAAAUCUGAUUCUCAUCUUGAGACAGAAGAAGAAAAUGCAAAGGGGCAAAAAACACCAAAUUUUGUGGUAGGUGGAUUAAUAGGAGCAUCACCACCAAAAUUUGUUUCUCUCGAAGAAAUCAUAAAUGCUGCAAAUGGCAUGAAAAAUAUGGCAUUAGCACAUGAAAUUGCGGUGGAUAAAAAUUUUCAAUUACAAAAACUUGAACCUGAUGAUGGCACAAUUCAUAGAAAAGUAAAAGAAAUUAUGCAUAAAGCUUUUUGGAAUUUAUUAGCAGAGCAAUUAGAUGAAAAUCCUCCAAAUUAUACACAAGCGUUGGUUCUACUGAAGGAAAUUAAAGAAACAUUAGAUGAACUAGUAUUACCACAUCAUGCAAAAAUUCGAGAAAAUUUAAAAGAAGUACUUGAUGUGGAUUUAAUUAAACAGCAAGCAGAAAAUGGUGUUUUGGACUUCCAUCAUUAUGCACAAUAUGUGAUAUCCAUUAUGAGUAAAGUUUGUGCGCCAGUAAGAGACGAGAAGAUUCGAGAACUUAGUCAAGAAACACAUGUUAUUGAAAUAUUCAAAGGAAUAAUGGAAGUACUGCAAUUAAUGCGACUUGAUUUGGCAAAUUUUACCAUUACUAUGAUGAGACCAAAUAUAGUUGCUUCAAGUAUUGAAUACGAGAAAGCCAAGUUCGCUGAAUUCUUAAAAGUUAAUACAAAUGGUCUACAAUUUACAGAAAAAUGGUUGUUGAGGCAUUUUGAUCCAACAAAUAUUAUGAGCAGUUCGUCUGACAUUAAUGCAGCUCGUCAGCUUACCCAUUGUCUUUUAACUGAAGCGUAUCUUGAUCUUCUAGAAUGGGAUUUUAGUCCAGAUGCAGAAACUUUGAUGCUUGAUCAAAGUAGAUUACUGGAAUUGCGUGAUAAGACCAGCAGAUUAAGCAUUAUAGGAUCUGUAAUAUUGCUAGUAAAUAAUACAGUAGGUGCACCAAUUCAUGGUGUAUCAAACUUUAAGAAGAAUAUUAAACAACAUCUUAAUGUGUUGUUAGAUUCUGUACAUUCAAAUAAGGAUUUGGAAACUGUAAUGCCAAAUAUUGUAUUACAAGUAAAAACAGACCUGAAAACGACAUUGCACGAAAUUAAUGCUGCUUCCUUAUCUCCAGAGAUAGAAACAUUAUUAGAAGGACAAAUAUUGGAUCUCAUCAAUCCAGAACAUAAAAUAAGGCACCUUAUAAAUUUAAGAAUUCGGCAAUUUUUACAAAAAAUAAUAUUAUCUCAAUCUACGGCACCACAACAAGUUCCACCUGGACUUUCAUCACUACAAGAAGAAUUAACAGCUAUAGUAGCUCAAUUUUUGAUACUUAUUUCUCAUAAUCGAAGUGUAUUUGGAGAAUAUUAUCAAGAAAUCAUUACUAAUGCACUUAUUAAAAAAGAAACUGAAAGUAAUAAAGAUAUGAGUGCAAUUCAUACCAUGGACUUGUAAAGCAAUUGAGAUUUUAAAUCAAUUUUUGUAAGGGAAACAUAUUUAUGUGUUCAUAAAAUAGCACAUUAAUUAAAAAAAUAAGUGACAUAUAUAUCUUAAAGUAACAAUUUAUUUGUUUUCAUACGUUAAGUUUUCUAACAAAAAAAAAAAAAGAAAAUAAAGAAUAUAUAUUAAAAACAUAAAAACAAAAACGUUAUACAGAAAAAGUUCUGAUAUUGAUGUAAGUUAUAAAUGAUACAAUUAAUU